AUGGAAGAAAUAGGUGAAUCUACUACAUUGGAUCCCAAGCCAGGAUAUGUAAUCAAGACUAGGCUACUCAAAUCAUCAAACGUUCAAAUAGGGACUAAAAUUUUCAUUAAUGUUUGUCAUGAUCCUCAAGUUCCUAAACCUCCACAAGAUUUUGAUGCCAAUGUGGUAUUUCCCUUGAUUGUAGAUAACCAAUGGGAAAUUCCAAUUAUAGUGUCAAGAGAAAAAGAAGUCAAAGAUAAGUCUGGUCAAACCUCUUUAUGUUACGAUUGUUGUAUCAAUGAUAACUGUUUUAGAUGGUGUACUAUCAAUAGCGAUUUGAAACUGAUCUUGAACGAAUGGUGUUUAGAAGCUGUGGAAUUAUUAUACAACGUAGUGUUGGAGAGACAAUAUCUGAUUCCUAAGAUGUUAAGUAAAGGAGAAUUGAGUAGAACCGAAAUCAAACAGAAAGACUUGACUGAUGAUGGAUUAAUCAAGAAACUUGAUGAUUUGAAAAAAAAUGAAACUUUAGGACUUCUAGAGGAGUUGCAUAAUGAUGAUAUGGAUGUGGAUAUUCAACUCAAUCCCCAACCUUCGAAAAAAUUGAAGAAACCAUUGAUAGAGGAGCUUCCUUCGGAACCAAUACAACCAAAAAAAACUACCAGUAAACCCAUCUCCCAAACAAAGAAAACCGGAAAGAAGGUAGAGUAUGAUGUCAGGAUGAAAAUGAAUCAAGGAAGACUCAUAGUCAUCUUCAAAUCUAAUCUUCCUUGUGAAAACAUAGGGUUAUACCAUGAUAACGAUAACAUCCUCAUCUCCAGUACUAGUAACGAAUUCUCACUUCAGGAAGUCAAAAUUCCCGUUCAAAUCAAAGAGUUAAGAUCUUUCUAUACGGGAGGUGUUUUAUACAUCUUUUGUUAG